AUGAAUAGGGCACUCUCCUUUGAUAGCUACAAUCGAGAAAAACUCAAAAACGAAAAACAACAAACAAAGAAAUACGCCAUUUCUGCACUAUAUCCUCCACAUAUUCUCGUAACUACUCAAGACAGAACAUUUGAAGCUAUCAAACAAUUGGGAAGUGGAAACUUUGCGGACGUCUUAUUGGUUAAAGAAAACGGAAAAGAAUUAGCUAUUAAGCUGUUCCGUAAUGAACGAUCCGAAGAAGAAUGCUACAAGCUCUGGAAAGAGGAGUCCGAUAUGAUGCGAGCUAUCGGCUACUUUAAGCAUCCCAACUUAUUGGCGUUCCACAGUGUAGGACAACUUGAAUCUGAGACAGCACGAUAUCGCAAGAACUUCAUUAUGAUGGAUUACGCUGGAUUAUCGUUGUUCGAUAUUAUGGAAGCAACUAAAGCUCGAAACACACAUUUAGAACAGUUUGCAUUUAGAAUUUCCACUAUUCGUGAUGCCGGAUCUCAGAUUGCAUCAGGAAUGAAGGCGCUUGAUGAUAAGAAAAUUCUCCAUUUGGACUUAAAGCCGGAAAAUGUAUUCCUGAAAAAUCCGAAAUUUGUUGUCAAUUAUGUGGUAGAAGAGGGAAUUUGCUACGUCGAAAUAUCUGAUACGUCUGUUGUUGUUGGUGAUUUCGGAUGUUCUCGUGUGUCUUUGGUCAACGAAACGAAUGAAUUAGCACAGACACAAAAUUACAGAGCUCCAGAAGUUUUUAUUGGUCUUCCACUCACUAAAACAGUUGACGUGUGGUCGUUUGGUUGCAUCAUCUACGAAAUGUACACCUUUGAACUGCUUUUCUACGGUAACAACAACCUGUCAGAUUCGGAAGCGGUGCAGUUUGAUAUGAUGCAGAGAACCGUAAGACAAGAGCCAACACCUCGAAUGAUGAGGGAAGCAUCUGAAAGAAGUACGGAAUUGAGCGUGAGAGACUAUAACAGCGUUUACAUGAUAGAAGAAAUCACAUCGAAACCAGAAUUAGUGAUGCCUCUCUACAAAAAUAAACGCCCUGGCGAUAUAGCUGCAUGUGAUUUAUUCGGCACCCUCGAAAAAAUUCUAACCUUCGACCCGUACCGUCGUCCAUCAUUCGCCGAAAUUUUGGAGUUUCCUUUUUUUAAGCUUAAAUAA